UGACGUUUAUAACUGUCACUUUCAUUUCGCGCCAUUUUUUCCCUCCACCGGCUGUCACAAAGCUCGUGAGGUCAGCACCCAGCGUCAUUUAUUUAGUUUCAAGGCAUUUGUUCUUGUCGCAAUCCCGCAAAUUUUCUGUAAAACGUAACAAUGUUCGAGGCACGUUUACUCCGAAGCUCAAUCCUCAAGAAGGUGCUGGAAGCCAUCAAAGAUCUGCUAACACAAGCCACGUUUGACUGCGAUGACAAUGGAAUUCAGUUACAGGCCAUGGACAACUCCCAUGUGUCUCUGGUGUCCCUCACUCUCCGUGCCGAUGGCUUCGACAAAUACAGAUGCGACAGAAACAUUUCCAUGGGCAUGAAUCUGGGGAGCAUGUCCAAGAUCCUCAAAUGUGCAGGCGACAAAGACACAGUGACCAUGAAGGCGCAAGACAAUGCGGACACAGUCACAUUUGUCUUUGAGAGCCCCAACCAGGAAAAAGUCUCAGAUUAUGAAAUGAAACUUAUGAAUUUGGACCUUGAACAUUUAGGUAUUCCCGAGACUGAGUACAGCUGCACAAUCCGCCUGCCCAGUGGGGAGUUCGCGCGGAUCUGCCGGGACCUCUCCCAGUUCGGCGAGUCCAUGGUCAUAUCUUGCACCAAGGAGGGUGUGAAGUUCUCAUCGACGGGUGACAUCGGCUCCGCCAACAUCAAGCUGGCGCAGACCGCAUCCGUCGACAAGGAGGAGGAAGCUGUGGUUAUCGAGAUGGACGAGCCCGUCACCCUCACGUUCGCGUGCCAGUACCUCAACUACUUCACCAAGGCCACGUCGCUGAGCCCGCAGGUCCAACUGUCCAUGUCUGCUGACGUCCCGUUGGUGGUGGAAUACCGCAUCCAAGACAUCGGCCACAUCCGCUACUAUCUCGCGCCCAAGAUCGAGGAGGAAGACAGCUAGACUAAUCGCCAUUAGGCGGGUCCACACAGAACGAGUCGCCUCGCGAGGAAUUUGCCGCGCGAAGCCUCGUCCGAGGCAUUACGGCCGAGGCACGUCUACACAGACCGAGGUGCUUCGCGCGGCAAUUUCCUCGCGAGGCGGCUCGUUCUGUGUAGACCCGCCUGUUAAGUAUAAUGCUAAUGUUAAUCCACACUAUUAAUUUAGGUUUUAUACAGCAUCAGUUACUGUUAUCAUGUCUUUGUGAUUGUCAAUUUCGAGAAUAAAUUUAGUUAAUUACAUUUUCUGGCUAUAGAAGUUUGAAAGUAGCUGGCCCAUUUCUUCAUUUAGCGAGUUAAAGUUAAAUAUAAUUGUGGGUAUGACCUAACUUUCCAGAUUUGUUAGCUAGACUGCUAAAAUGAGCGGGACUCGCGCAAGUAUUGUCACGACUGAUAUAAAUUAUGCUGUUUUUGUACUAUGUUGCACAAUAUACGUAAUUCCAUAAACCA